AGUCAUCUCAGCGGCAGGCAGUACGCCUCUUCUCUGUCUGUUGUGUGUGUAUGUUGGAGGAUGUCUGACAACGCAGAAUCUCCUACAGAAAAUCAAAAAGAUGAUCCUUCGAUACAACACACUGCUACUGAACACACUGGAGCGUCGGAUGAGAAGAAAAAGAUUGAUGUGCUGUUGAAAGCAGUAGGUGAUACGCCUAUCAUGAAGACCAAAAAAUGGUCCGUGGAAAGAGGGAGGACAGUACAGUCACUCGCUCAGUUUAUCUCACGCUUUCUCAAACUGGAGCCUAGUGAACAACUGUUCAUUUAUGUCAAUCAGUCAUUUGCUCCAUCACCAGACCAAGAAGUGGGUGCACUUUUCGAGUGUUUUGGAAGUGAUGGAAAACUAGUUCUCCAUUACUGCAAGUCCCAGGCCUGGGGAUGAUCGUGAUGAACUUUUUUUUCUCCCCCUUUCUCCCUUUCAUUUAUACACCUGUACACAUACAGUAUCAAAAACAUCAUGAUUGUUUUUAUAACUUAUUGAUUUUUCAUGUGUUAUUUUUUUGUAAAUAAUAAAAUGUAAAUAAUAUUGUAAAACAAUGCAAUAUCUCAUGGGACUUUUUAAGGUGGGAAUCAUAAGAACACCAAAUACUUUUAGCAGCAGAUUUUGAUGCAUGUUUUUCAUAUUUAAGCUCAUGUUGAAGUGAUUUACAAGGACAAGGACAAUAUGCGAUUCUCAGUAGUACCGAGUGAUUACUUUUCACAGGAGGGGUGGGUAAUGUCCCAGGACAGAACAGGUCACAUGUAAGGGGUGGUAGAGAUGUACAGGGGUGUGAAGAAUAGGUGGGACAGAGGGAUGUUUAAAAAGGCACAGUGGAGCAAUGUAAAAGAAGACGGGAUAGAAAGAUGGAGACGGCGCUAACAGAUGGACUGAAGAGGGAUUAUGGAUGCUCUUGGUAGAGUGUGACACCAAUUUUCAAGGAAAGGCAGGAAAAGGAGGAGAUUUGGGCAGGAUUGUACCAAAAAAGGGGAAAAGCAGAAAUAAUCGCAAAAGGAUAAGGAGGGAAUCUGCAUGCUGAACCAAAGAGACGAGAACCUUCUGUGUCAAACAGCUGCACAGAAGGUGGAAAAAGAUACAAAUUAAUGGAUCGAAAUAGGGAGUUAUCAUUACGAUGGACAUGAUGUAAGAAAAUUGUGCACAGGUAAAAAUCAGCUUUUUUAAUGCAGAAUAAUUGUUGAUUUUCUUGUAAAACCACUAAAUUUCAAAUGCAUGAAAGGUAUUGCUUUCGGAUCGUGAUGCAAUUUAAAGAAAAACCAUUUGGUUGUAUUCUUAACAAAUAAAUAAUUGAUUCAAGCA